UUUCUUUGCUUUUUUUUUCUUUUCUUUCUUUUUUUUUUUUUUUUUACCAACACGCCAUUGUACUCACUCCUUAUUCCAAGACCGGCUGCGCGCUCCGAGCUGCACGGGCAGGCAUUUUCCCCGGCUUUGUUUUACAAGCGCCCUCGGCCUGCCUCCCGCUUUGGAGCAGCUCUCGAGCCUCACCUGCACCCAUCACCCAGCGUCCUACUGCCACCUCUUGCUCUAGCUGUCAUGCAUGCGUCUUCCAUGCUUUCCCCGAGUCCUGAUGUCAAGAGAGACCCCAGAUCCCUACAGAUUAUCCUGUGGGCUCUGGGAGGGCUGACAUCUUGUCCCCUAACACCCAGGACUAGUGAGGGGUGCUGAGUCAAGGAGGACUGAUAAUGAGCAGGGAGAGUUCACUGCACUCACAGAAGAGGAUUGGAAUGGCCAGGGUGAGACACUAUGUGUUGUGUGUACUGUCUGCAUGUACUGUCUGUACACUGUGUGUACUCUGUGUGUUAUUGUAUGUACACUGAGUACACUAUAUGUAUGUACUGUAUUGUUGUAUGUGUGUACUGUCUGCACACUGUAUGUACUAUCUGUGUUACUGUGUGCACAGUGUGUACUAUAUGUGCAUACUGUGUGUGCACUAUAUGUACUAUGUAUGCACUGUUUUGUACUGUGUGUACUGUGCAUAUGUACUGUUUGUACACUGUAUCUACUGUGAUUUGCUGUAUGUACACUAUGCGAUAUAUGUGCAUACUAUAUGUACUGUAUGUGUGUACUGUAUGUGUACUGUGUACUAUAUGUGUUUACUGUAUAUACACUGUAUGUGCUGAAUGCCUAUACUGUAUGUAUAUACACUAUAUGUACUGUACAUGCAUCAUAUGUACUAUGUUAUAUACUGUAUGUGUGCUGUAUGCAUGCUGUAUGCAUGUACGGUAUUGCACUGUGUGUACUAUAUGUAUGCUUCGUGCAUACUGUAUGUACUGUAUACAUGCACUGUAUUGCACUGUGUGUGCUGUAUGUGUGCUGCUCGCAUACUGUAUAUACCAUAUACAUGCACUGUAUUGCACUGUAUGUACUAUGUAUGUGUGCUCAUGCAUCCUGUAUAUGUGCACUGUAUUGCACUAUAUAUGCUGUAUGCACUGUGUGUAUGUGCUGUGUUUUAUUGAAUGUGCUGUAUGGACUGUAUGUAUUGUGUGUACUGUGUGUGCUGUGUGUAUGUACUAUGUGUAUGUACUGUGCAUAUGUACUGUGUGUACACUAUAUGUAUUGCAUGUAUGUAAUGUAUGUACUAUGCAUACACUGUGAACUGUGUAUAUGUACUAUAUGUACACUGUAUUACUAUAUUAUAUACUCUGUACUGUAUGUGCUGUGUGUACUCUGUAUACUGUGUGUACUGUGUACUAUGCAUACACUGUGUACUGUGUGUAUGUACUGUAUUACACUGUGUGUACUGUAUUAUGUACUGCAUGUACCGUAUGUGCUGUGUGUACACUGUGUGUACACUGUGUACUGUAUGUACUGUAUGUACUGUGUGUAUACAUUAUGCAUGUGUACUAUAUGUACAUUCUAUGUAUGUACUAUAUGUACUAUGCAUGCACUGUGUACUGUGUGUAUGUACUUAAUUACACUGUAUAUACUGUAUUAUGUACUAUGUGUAAUGUAUGUGCUGUAUGUACUGUGUAUACACGGGGCACUGUGUAUACUGUAUUAUGUGUUAUAUAUACUGUAUGUACUGUGUGUAAUGUGUGCACUCUAUGUACUGUGUUAUGUACUGUAGGUACAGUGUAUAUAUUGUCAUCUUCCCACUACUAUCAUGGAAUACUGAGGCCACUAACACAGAAAGAGCAAAGGUUUUAUUUUCCUAUACUUCUGAAGGUUCCAAUACAAAGAUCACAUGGUCCCAUUUUAUGAACCUCUGCCCUGAGCAGGACAUCAUGAAGUCAGAACUGCCGGGGCCAAACCACUUGCAUGGUAAGCAAGGAAGCCAAAGAGAACAACUGGGCAGCCCUAUCUCACCCCUUUGAACCAAGCUUCCAAUGGCCUAACCAUCUCCUCCCAGGCCCCACUACCCACAAGUCCACGGCACUGCCAGAUACUGCCAUGCUAAGGACUUAGCCUUCUACACAAGAGCCUUUGGGAGGCAUUCUAGAUCCAAACACUGGCAUCAUCUAUGUGUUUUAAUGUUUUCAUUUACCCAUUAGCCCAAUCCCAUAAACUAGACCACCAACAAAUUCCAACUCUCAACAUAUUUUGCCAUUUGCUUAAUCCUCUAGUUAACAGUGCUCUACAGUUGUGAGGGGGAAGGAAGCAUACUGCCCAAUUACUGUGUGCCCACUGCACGCUCAGCUGUUGUUCUGGAGCCAGGUAAGGACAUCGCCUUCAGAACGAUGUGGUCUAAGUGGGGGUAAAAAGAGGUAGGCAUCCCUGUAACAUUUCAAUACACGUCAUCCCAAAAGAAAGUCACAGGGCACUUUGGCAGGAUUUUAUGUUGAAAGCUCAGAGAAGGCAUCUCUGAGGAAAUGGGCAUCCACGAGGAUGGGACAGAUGUGAGGAGAGAUCUUUCCCAACAGAAGAGCUUGCUGAAGGCCUGUGGUAGGAGAUGGACGGGAGAAUGUGGGAGCUCAGGGAGUCGGUGCAGGUGGGGUGGCAAUUUGCUCUGUGACAGAAGAGAAUAGAGGAGGCCUCUAAGGGGCAAGCAUCAAAAGCCAGUCAGACCUGAGCUGUGCAACAACUUUAAGAAGGCAGUUCUUCCAGGCCAGAGUGUGUUCGUUUUGAAGAUUAUACGUGCUCGAAAUUAUAGCGUGUCCAUCAGAACGGAAGUUAGAAGUCACUGGGGAAAUGAAACAGGUAAGCGGAGGGUCCAUGUAGAAGCAGCAUCUCAGCUUGAGUGAGCACCACCUAGAGGGGCUGGUAGAAACCACAGGCUUCUCCCACAUCCAGGGUUCUGCCACUCUGGGAGAUUUGAGAGCUAGCACCACAAGUCCUCAGGAGACAGGAAACACUAAUGCUAUAGUCCAAGGAUUGCACUUUGGGAACUAUUUGACAAAAGGUAGGACUCAGGCUUAGUCCCCCAUGAUAGUGUUGAGAAGUAUGGCUCGAUUAAUGCCAUAGUUGGCAGACCGUGAUAGACACCUACAUGUGUCCACAUCAAGCCUGAGCUUCAAAGUGUGACUUGCAAAGGCUUUGGUCUUCCCAUUUUCAACACAGCUUUCUUUAUUAGUUCUUCUUUUGUUUCUGUGAUAAAAAAAAACAAAAAAAAACAAAAAAACACGACUGGAAGCAGCUCACCGAAGGGAGAGUUUAUUCGAGCUCACUGUUUCAGGGGGUUAAAGUCCACCACGGUAGAGAAACAUGGCAGUGAGCAACAGAUGUGGCAACUAGAGCAGGAAGCUGAGAGCCCUCAACCGCAGCGGGAUGUAAAGACAGAAUAAACUAAAGGUAGCAUACAAGUCUAAACUCGCAAAGUCUGCCCUAGUAGCCUGCUUCCUCCGGCAAAGCCAUAACUAAACCUUCCCGAACAGCGCCACCUUCUGGGGACCAGAUGUUCAGACACUCAAGCCUAUGGGGGGCUUUUCCUAUUAGAAACAC